GCCGCUUCCUCAGUGCUCCUGCAGGUGUGGGAACGGUUGUCCUGGUGACGGGUCCUAACGGUCCCUGUCCCUCAGAUUCCUUGUCAAGGGGCUGCAACCUGAGCUGCUGCCUGGAGACGCUUUCGGUCUCUUGCAGUGUUCGCGGUGGCGGCGGGUCCAGCCUUUGGCGUGGAGUAAUUGAAGCUUUGGAAGUAGCUUGCGACUGUCUCCCUUUCUUUCUCGCGUGGGCAAGGAAUCCACCGAUGCUGCCAAGUUGGGGACUGAACUCUUCACGCCUAGGAAGAUAACAGAGAGAAGAAAACUGAUUCAUAAUAAAAAUGUCUCGAAAAAUUUCAAAGGAGUCAAAGAAAGUAAACAUCUCUAGUUCUCUGGAAUCUGAAGAUAUUAGUUUAGAAACAACAAUUCCUACAGAUGAUAUUUCCUCAUCAGAAGAGCGAGACGGUAGUGUCAAAAUCACCAGGCAGUUAAUUGAACGUAAAGAACUACUUCAUAAUAUUCAGUUACUGAAAAUAGAGCUAUCCCAGAAAAAUAUGAUGAUCGACAAUUUGAAAGUGGAUUAUCUUACGAAGAUUGAAGAAUUGGAAGAGAAACUUAACGAUGCACUUCACCAGAAGCAGGUGCUAACAUUGAGAUUAGAUAACCAACUGACUUUUCAACAGAAAGAUGCCAGAAAGUAUCAAGAACUAAUGAAACAAGAAAUGGAAACCAUUUUAUUGAGACAGAAACAACUGGAAGAGACAAAUUCUCAGCUAAGAGAGAAAGCUGGAGAUGUUCGUCGAAACCUACGUGACUUUGAUUUGACGGAAGAGCAGUAUAUGAAACUAAAAGCUUUCCCUGAAGAUCAGCUUUCCAUUCCUGAAUAUGUAUCUAUUCGGUUCUAUGAACUAGUGACUCCAUUAAAAAAGGAAAUCUGUGAGCUACAAGUGAAAAAGAAUUAUCUAGCAGAAGAAUUAAGUACAAACAAAGACCACCUGAAGCAACUGACAGAGACAUAUGAAGAAGAUCGAAGAAACUAUUCUGAACUUCAAAUUAGAUGUCAACGGUUAGCCUUAGAAUUAGCAGACACAAAACAAUUAAUUCAGCAAGGGGACUACCGUCAAGAGAACUAUGAUAAAGUCAAGAGUGAACGUGAUGCAUUUGAACAGGAAGCAACUGAGAUUAGGAGAAAGCAUGAAAUACUUGAAGCUUCUCACAUAGCUCAUGCUAAAGAAAGAAGUGAAUUAUCAAAAGAGGUAACCACCUUACAGCAGACUGUGACUUUAUUGCAAAAGGAUAAAGAAUAUCUCAACCGCCAAAACAUGGAGCUUAGCGUUCGCUGUGCCCAUGAAGAGGAUCGCCUGGAAAGACUGCAGGCUCAACUUGAAGAAACCAAAAAGGCCAGAGAAGAUAUGUAUGAAAAAUAUGUAACAUCCAGAGACCAUUAUAAAACAGAAUAUGAAAAUAAACUACAUGAGGAACUAGAAAAAAUCAGAUUGAAAACUAAUCAAGAAAUUGAUCAACUUCGAUGUGCCUCUAGGGAAAUGUAUGAACGGGAAAACAGAAAUCUCCGAGAGGCAAGGGAUAAUGCUCUAGCUGAAAAGGACCGAGCAGUGAUGGCUGAAAAGGAUGCUUUAGAAAAACAUGAUCAGCUCCUAGACAGGUACAGAGACCUGCAGCUUAGUUCCGAAAGCAAAGUGGCAGAAUUUCUCCAUCAAAGUAAAUUAAAAUCUUUUGAAAGUGAGCGUGUUCAAAUUCUACAAGAGGAAACAGCAAGAAAUCUCACACAGUGUCAAUUGGAAUGUGAAAAAUAUCAGAAAAAAUUGGAGGUUUUAACUAAAGAAUUUUAUAGUCUCCAAGCCUCUUCUGAAAAACGCAUUACUGAACUUCAAGCACAGAACUCUGAGCAUCAAGCAAGGCUAGACAUUUAUGAGAAACUGGAGAAAGAACUUGAUGAAAUAAUAAUGCAAACUGCAGAAAUUGAAAAUGAAGAUGAAGCUGAAAGGGUUCUUUUUUCCUAUGGGUAUGGUGCUAAUGUUCCCACAACAGCCAAAAGACGACUAAAACAAAGUGUUCACUUGGCAAGAAGAGUGCUUCAGUUAGAAAAACAAAACUCGUUGAUUUUAAAAGACCUGGAACAUCAAAAGGACAGAGUAACACAGCUUUCCCAAGAGCUUGACAGGGCCAAUUCACUGUUAAACCAGACUCAGCAACCUUACAGAUAUCUCAUUGAAUCAGUGCGUCAGAGAGAUUCUAAGAUUGAUUCAUUGAAGGAGUGUAUUGCACAACUUGAAAAAGAUGUCAGCAAUUUAAAUAAAGAAAAGUCAGCUUUACUACAGAUGAAGAAUCAAAUGGCACUAGAUUUAGAACAACUUUUAAAUCAUCGUGAGGAAUUGGCAGCAAUGAAACAGAUUCUCAUUAAUAUGCGUAGUAAACAUUCUGAGAACAGCUUACUUCUUACAAAAACGGGAUCAAAAAAUGUGACAGAAAAUCAGAAAUCAAACACUUUGAAUGUGCCUAGAGAACAUGAAGACAACAUAUUUAUACCCAAACCAACAGUCUUUACUAAAAAAGAAGCACCGGAGUGGUCUAAGAAACAAAAGAUGAAGACCUAGUGUUUUGGAUGGAAAAUGGUUGCGAUAUCAUUAUUUACUCCAGAAGAAUUAUUUCUGAUGAAAAAGAAAGUUCAUCUUAAAAAAAAAAAAAAAAAGAAAGUUCAUCUUAAUCAUGUACUUGGCAUUUUUCAAAUAACUAAUUUAAUGUUCAUUUCAACUAAUGUGAAAUUUACCAAUUUCAGCAUAAUCAAAAAUGUAUAAAUUAUAAACAAUAUACUUUAUUUUUUCUAUUUUGUUACA